AUGGAGUCAACUCCUACCGUUGCAACCGAUCGUUCUAGUCAACUAAAAGCUUUCGACGAGACAAAAACCGGCGUGAAAGGCCUUGUCGAUGCUGGAAUCGCAGAGCUUCCGGCAAUAUUCCGUGCACCACCGGUCACUUUAGCAAGCCCGAAACCACCUUCGUCCGAGUCAUCGCAGUUCACGAUCCCAACAAUCGAUCUCCAAGGAGGCGUCACGGACUCGAUCACGCGUCGGAGCUUGGUGGAGAAGCUCGGAGACGCGGCGGAGAAAUGGGGUUUUUUCCAGGUGAUCAAUCACGGGAUCCCUCUAGAUACGCUGGAGAGGAUGAAAAACGGGAUUCGCGGGUUUCACGAGCAAGACACGGAAGUGAAGAAAGGGUUUUACUCUCGAGAUCCAAGUAGCAAGAUGGUCUACAGUAGCAACUUCGAUCUCUUUAGCUCGCCGGCGGCGAAUUGGAGAGACACUCUCGGUUGCUACACGGCCCCUGAUCCUCCAAAACCGGAGGACUUGCCCGUCGCUUGCGGGGAGAUGAUGAUAGAGUACUCAAAGGAAGUGAUGAAAUUGGGUAAAUUGCUCUUUGAGCUACUAUCAGAAGCUCUAGGGUUAAACACUAAUCACCUCAAGGACAUGGACUGCACCAAUUCAUUGCUGUUGCUUGGCCAUUAUUACCCGCCAUGUCCCCAACCGGACCUUACUUUAGGCUUAAGCAAACACUCUGACAACUCCUUUCUCACGGUUCUUCUCCAAGACCAUAUCGGAGGGCUUCAAGUUCUCCAUGACCAAUACUGGGUUGAUGUUCCUCCUGUUCCCGGAGCACUUGUCAUUAACGUUGGAGAUCUUCUCCAGCUUAUAACAAACGACAAGUUCAUAAGCGUGGAGCAUAGGGUUUUGGCGAAUGGAGCCGGACCGCGGAUUUCAGUGGCGUGUUUUUUCAGUUCAUAUAUGAUGGCUAAUUCUCGAGUUUAUGGACCUAUCAAAGAGCUUCUGUCUGAACAGAGCCCACCCAUAUAUAGAGACACUACCAUUACAGAGUACGCCAGCUUCUACAGAACCAAAGGAUUCGAUGGUACCUCUGGACUACUCUAUCUCAAGAUCUGA